GCGUGUAAAACAUUGAACAGAAUUCUCCCUCUCCCUAUCACUCCCCAAAAAGCCUUUGCUGACCUUCCCCGAAUACCAAUUCGGGUCAAUUCCGGAGCCUAGGGUUGCCACUCCUACUUGUACCCACCUAAUCCCAAAUCCCAAAUCCCUAAUUCCAAUCCUGAUUUCAGCUAUGAUAUUAGAGAAAUGCAUAGGAGCUCAAAGAUGUCGGAGGAUCCAGCGAGCUCUCCGGCACGGCAAGGUCACAAUCCUCUGCCUGGUCCUCACCGUGGUCGUCCUACGUGGCACAAUCGGAGCCGGAAAGUUCGGCACCCCGGAGCAGGACUUCAUCGAGAUUCGCGACCACUUCUACUCCCGCAAGCGGGCGGAGCCCCACCGCGUCCUCGAGGAGGUCCAAACGACGUCGUCCGACGACGACCCCAACAACUACAACGCCUUCGACAUCAACACGAUCCUCAAGGACGAAGGCGAGGAGGAGAAACCCGACCCGAGUAAGCCCUACACUCUGGGACCCAAGAUUUCAAAUUGGGACGAGCAGAGAUCGAAAUGGCUGAAAAAGAACCCCAAUUUCCCGAAUUUCGUCGGGCCCAGCAAGCCCAGGGUGCUUCUGGUGACUGGGUCGUCGCCAAAACCCUGCGAGAACCCGGUAGGUGAUCAUUAUCUGUUGAAGUCUAUUAAGAACAAGAUUGAUUAUUGUAGGUUGCACGGGAUUGAGGUUUUCUACAAUAUGGCUCUUUUGGAUGCUGAAAUGGCUGGGUUUUGGGCCAAGCUUCCGCUGAUUCGGAAGCUGCUUUUGUCUCACCCGGAAGUCGAGUUUCUGUGGUGGAUGGAUAGUGAUGCUAUGUUCACAGAUAUGGCUUUCGAGUUGCCUUGGGAGAGGUACAAAGAUUCCAACUUUGUGAUGCAUGGCUGGAAUGAGAUGGUUUAUGAUGACAAGAAUUGGAUUGGAUUGAAUACCGGUAGCUUUUUGUUGAGGAAUUGCCAGUGGUCUUUGGACAUGCUUGAUGCUUGGGCUCCAAUGGGGCCGAAAGGAAAGGUUAGGGAUGAGGCUGGGAAGAUAUUGACUAGCGCACUUAAGAAUAGGCCGGUGUUUGAAGCUGACGAUCAGUCGGCUAUGGUUUAUAUAUUGGCUACUCAGAGGGAGAAGUGGGGUGAUAAGGUUUAUCUCGAGAAUGCGUAUUAUUUACAUGGUUAUUGGGGGAUUUUGGUUGAUAGAUAUGAGGAAAUGAUUGAGAAUUAUCAUCCUGGUUUGGGUGAUCAUCGUUGGCCGCUAGUGACACAUUUUGUGGGUUGCAAGCCGUGUGGGAAGUUUGGAGAUUACCCAGUUGAGAGAUGUUUGAAGCAGAUGGACAGGGCUUUUAACUUUGGUGAUAAUCAGGUUCUUCAAAUCUAUGGAUUCACACACAAGUCCUUGGCUAGUAGACGAGUUAAGAGAGUUCGAAAUGAAACGAGCAAGCCACUUAAGGUUAAAGAUGAACUCGGGUUGCUUCAUCCUGCGUUUAAGGCUGUUAAGGUAUCAUCUUCCUAGGUCAGCAGUGUUGCUCACUCAUGUGAGACAUGCUACAAUGUGUAUCUUGUUCCUAAUGCUUCCCGUGCUAGGUGUGGAGAUAGUAUUCUUUUGUUCCUUAUAAAUAUUUGUUACUUGCCAAAUCAAACAGAGAGAUUAAUUUAUUGUUUUGCUCAA